CAGAGUUCACUGCACCACUCGUUUUGGAGGAGGAUCAGACGGUGGAGUUAAACGAAGAAGAACAGUGGGGACUUGAGGCUAAAUAUGGUCGCCGUACACUAAGUAGCAAUGCUCAUCGAUACGAGGAACCAGAGCCAGGUGAGAAAGCCCCCCACACGACAUCAACAUCUCAAACAAGAUAACAUCGACCAGGCAGAAGAUAUUUCAGAGCCACAGAGACAUGAUGAGGAAGAAAUUGACAAAUCGUUAACUCAGUUCACAUCCAAGUUGAGACGUACGACAAAUGGAUCUAAUCAGAAGAAAGGAAACGUGCAGACGGUUGAAUGGACCGAGGAGCUGGAGAAGUUGCGUCAAGAAAAGCAAGCGGCUGAUGCCAUGAGGGACCUAAAAACGCGCCUUCAGGGCAGCAGUGCACUCCGCACCGACCCAAGAGCAUCAAAUCGAACAAAAAGAGCGAAGUCGCCCGUGGCUGACCGCCGCGGCGAGAACGCUCCAAAUGUCAGCACCCAGGACGAAAUGGAGGCCUUUCUGGACGAUCUCAUAGGAUAGUGUGGUAGAUCUACAACCCGGAAAAUUUCCACUGCACUUGUGACAACGAGGCAUCGUUGCAGUCAAGGUGCAAGUCGAGAUGGAGAUUUACAUUUAUGUGAUAACAAAUAUGUAACAACUUACUACAACGUCCGAAGCAACCAAGAGGCAUUAUUGAAGUG